AAUUUAGUCUUAAGCUUUCCUUCCUUUCUAGUCUCUCUAUUUCCCUUUUCAACUAAAUGUUGUUGCAACCAAAAUAAGAUAUGGAAAAUCCUCUGCGUCUCAAGUCCUUUAAUCAUAUCUCUCUUCUUUGUAGAUCAGUUGAAAAAUCAAUUGAUUUCUACCACGAUGUUCUUGGUUUCUUACCCAUCAGGAGGCCCAAUUCUUUUGAUUUUGAUGGCGCAUGGCUUUUCAACUAUGGUAUUGGCAUACAUCUUCUGCAAUGUGAAGAUCCUGAUAAAAUGCCCAAUAUCAACCACAUUAAUCCCAGGGACAACCAUAUUUCCUUCCAAUGCGAGAGCAUGAUAACAGUGGAAAGAACAUUGAAAGAGAUGGAGAUAGAUUAUGUCAAGUGUCGAGUCGAGGAGGCUGGAAUCUGUGUUGAUCAGUUGUUUUUUCAUGACCCAGAUGGUACAAUGAUUGAAAUUUGCAAUUGUGAGGUGCUGCCUGUGGUUCCAUUAGCCCCAGAUGCCAUCAAACCAUGUUCAAGUCUCAAAUGCAACGUUCAGCAGCUGCAGAUUCAAGAAGCAGAGCAAAUGCAACAACAAUCACAAGUGGAGUAAAUUUCCUUCCUUCUAUUAACAUGAAGAAAGGCUCAUCCAUUAUCUACGUCUCAUUUUUGUUGUAUGUAUAAUUAAACUGUUUAAAGUUUCACUAAUUCAGUACAAUGUCAUUUUCUUCUGAUGUAAUGUGCCAAUGAUUUUCAAGACAAUAAAAAUUACAAAGUUCAG